GGAUUGCGGUGCCAUAUGCUGUUUAGGACUGAGCAAGAGCUGACUGUCAGCAGAAUGAAAAGGCUUGGAAUUGAACAAAAGGAAGUGACACAAAAGUUUCAUGCCUUUAACAUAAUGGAGGGAGGUUUCCAGGAAGAAGAUGCAGAGAAACUGAUCACAGCAGAAAUGGUGAAUCAUAUCGAAAAGCACACAAAGUCCAGCAGCACAAGACUUCUCAGUUUUUUGGCUUUGAUAAACUCAUAUGUCCCAGAUUCACACUUGUUGAAGCUUUUAUGUGAGGAAUUCAUUUCCAAAAUAGAACAGCGAUUCAAUGAGGAAAACCCCAACCUGGAAACAAUAAUGAAGCCUUUCGAGGAUCUCAUAGUAACAUACUCAGAAGGAGAACAAGAAGACCAAUGCAUUCGUCUGGCACAUCCAAAGAUUGCUGAUGCCUGCCUAAAAAUACUCACUGAGCACAAACUGACAAGAUUUGACAUUGCUCUUGACUUCUUGAACAGCAUGGUGAAAGGAAAGGAGAGUAAUUAUGGACAAAUUUGCAAGAAUAUAUUAAUCACAAGACAAGGAAAGGAACAGUUUUCCAGACUGAUUCUUGACAUCAUGUAUGAAAGGGGAAAUAAUCGUAAACAAUGCAUUCGUUUGCUGGAGUUGGCUGCAAAUUUGUUUUCCACAGAGCCUUAUUUUCCUCAAACACUUGCACGUUUUUAUUACAUUAAGGUAAAAGAGGACAACAAAUAUGAAAAGGCAGAAGAAUGGGCAGAAGAGGCCAUUAAACGAGAUCCCAACAAUUCUUGUAUUAAGGAUACAUUGGGGCAAGUUCUCAAAAACCAACUGCUGAGUGAAACUAAAAAGCCAUCCUCAGACUUUGAAGAGUGUUUGGCCAUUACAAAGUCUGCCAUUGAUGCAUUUAAAAAAGAAGAGGAAGCAGCUGAAAAUGACCCAGAAGACAACACCACAUUCAAUUAUAGCGGGCUCUUGGGGUUCCUCCAGGUUUGCAAGAUCAUGAUUGAUACAAGGUUUGCAAAAUCAUACGUGCGUCAUAAACACAUUAAUUUCAUCAAAGCUGUCAAAGAUGAUAUUGAGACGAAAUAUGAUUUCUUUGAAUGGUAUCUGGCAUUCUCAAAACCAAGGAUCAAUAAAGAGGAACCAGUCUACAUUCAUAGAGAUGUUGAAAAUUGCUACAAGAAAUACAUCAAUGUGCUUAAAGGAGCAUCAGAGCAUGCACUUAAAAAUCCACGAUCUGAUGAUGAAACCCAAACCUUGCUCUACAUCCUUGCCAACAUCAUCUUGAGUCAGUCAGGUGAUCCGUGUGAAAAAAUAGAAGAUCUUCAGGCCAGGUUACAGAAACUUUGGCUGAGAGAAAUGCAAGACAGAAGCCCAGAGUUUUACCUCUUGAUUCUUUUGCUCUUUUGGCCUGAUGAAGCACAGCCAGAAAUCACAAACCCGCCAAACCUUGAAAAGUGUCUCAGAAAAAUGCACCAUUCAUACAAGAGAAAGUAUCAGAAAUACCUCCGCGGUCGCUACCUGGUGCCUCUGUUCUUCUUUGGGAAAGAAAGAGGUUUGCAGAGAUUGGUUCACGCCUCAAAACUAGAUGGAACUGCUCUGGAGAUCCUCACUGAAGGACAUGAACAUGCAGACGUCGAAUGUCUUCAGCGUAUCAACGGGGAGGUCAAGAAUGACAGAGUGUUUGCUGUUAGAGAUGGACAACAGAUUCCAGUCACUCCUCACAAUCUGUCCAGUGUGUGCAAUCCAGGCCAGGUGUCUUUCUACCUGGGCUUCACCAUCAGAGGACCAGUCGCCUACAACAUCAGAUAUGAAGAGGACUCCGCUCUCUGCUGGUCAGUCGUGGUGGACGUAAGCCAUGCUCUUCAGGGUCCUGCAGUGUUUCCCGCAGCGGCGGCACAUGAACAGACUUUCUCCAGCAUGAGAGCGCCAGUGGAGCCGCAGCUUUCUCCAGCGUCUGAACCUGUGUCCACACUGACUGCAGCUGAAGGGAUUUUUCUUGUGUCUGCACAGGAGGAAGGCCUUGGAGCAGAGCCAGCAGUCCUUGGGUCUCUCACCGGUGUGCAAGCGUCUGUGUCUCCUCAGCGUUCACUUGUAGAUGAAGAGUUUGUCACAAACACUGCAGACGUGGAGUCUCUUGGACUGAAUCCUGGGCCUCUGCAGUAUCUCGGCCCUCUGGAGUCGUACAGAGCAGGCUCUUAA